CACAAGUCAAACCGAUCGUCAAAGCACCACGAGGAUUCCGUUUACUUCGGGACUGAACUGAACUCUCACGCUAAACUAAAAGCCAAUAGGCAUUCAGAGAGACACCCCCCCCCUUCACUGGUACAGCUGACAGAACUACUGGGGGACAAAGUGAACAUCCUCUCAGUGGACGAACAGCCUGAAAGAGGUUCAACAACGUCUGGAGCACCUGAGCUGAGUGACUUGGAGGGCCAGAGAAUAGAGGUUGAGACAACAGAGAGGCCCAAAACGUAGAGGCUUGUACUUGGUCGCUGCUUGCCUGGUGGGAGCUGGAGGGGUGUGUUUAGCAGGGAGAGCAGCCCAGGCAGACAAGCUGAGGUUUCAGGAACAGGGCCUGACCUCUCUACUGGACAUACUGAGAGGAGACUACCAGACUACAAGACUACAGGGUCACCCACCACAACAUGCAAGGGAAGAGUGAACAAGAACACCAAGACAAUAACAUGAAAUCAGACAUUGAUCCCAACAAGCAGCCUGAAAGUCCCCCGUCUGAGGACGAGCCGUCCAAUCCCGUCAAAGUCUGCCAGAACCCCAAAUAUCAGCUGUUCCUGGGUGGAGACAUGACGGGGAACGGAUCCAGGGAUACAAAUGGAACGUCUGGGGGAGAGAACGGGAAUGGGAGAGACCCCAGGAACAGUUCCCGUUGGGACAGCGCUAGCUCCAGAUUUGGGCCAAACCACCGCGGAUCCCUGGAGUCUCUGGCAUCUCGGGACAGGGACACCAUGUCGGACAGGCUGGGAGGUUUUGAGAGUCCCCCCAGGGCGUUCAACAGUCCCUACGCUACAGCGGCUUCCACGGAGUACAACCCUGGCGUGUACCGGAUGUCAGAGCAUAAGAUGCAGGGGGUGAUGUCUCCAGCCACAUCAGAGCUGAACCUGUUCAACAGCCACAACAGCAGGAGUACCAGCCCCGUGCUCUCCUUCACCCCGACCUCGACCGCCCCACGUGCACGCUUCUCAGCCUACGACUCUCUCAGGAGGCGGGACCAGCCGGUGAUGCCAAGCCAAAUCCCCAUGCGGUCCACUGUGUCGCCUGUCGCUAUGCCCAACAAGAGAGACUACAUCGAGGAGCUGACCAGACAGAUGGAUGCAUGUCAGAAGAGGAACCAGUUCCUGGAGGCAGAGAGCGUAGAGAUGGAAAAGGAAAGGAACCAGAUCAGGUUGGAGAUGAGAAGCCUGUUGGUGAACAACGAGGACCUUCUCAGAACCAACAGUACCCUGCAGAUGGAGAUGAAGAGGAUGAGGGAGAGGAUGAUAGAGCUGGAGAGAGACAACACGGCCAUGACGGAACGCUUCAGAGUUAUGGAGACGGAGCUGACCGAGGCCAGGGUCCUGAUGGUGGAGGCUAACACUCAGGAAUAUGCCUUCAACUUCCUGCAGCAGUCUCUGAAGAAUAAGAUAAAGGAUGCCGAGGAGGCACUAGAGAAGCAGUCGCUCCAUGCCCAGGGCCUGUCGGAGAAGCUGUGGCUGUCUGAGAGAAAGUUGGAGGAUCUAGAGGUGGACAAGGAGACACGGGACAAGAGGACAUCGGAGCUCAGCGACACUGUCUUCAGACUGGAGACUGAGCUAGGAGAGGCCCUACAGAAAGCCACCCAGGCCUCAGCAGAGCUCAGUCUGCACCAGAAGCUACGAGAUGACGCCCUGCUGAGGGUGGAGGAGCUGGAAGAGACCCUACUGGAGAAGGGUCAGGAGCUGCAGACAGCCCAGCAGACUGUCAGCCGCCUGCAGGGACAGGUGUCAGGGAAGCUGAUAGAUAAGGAGCGGUCCCUGGAGGAGGAGAUCCAGCUGAGGGAGAGAGUCCAGCUGCAGUGGAAGCAGGCAGAGAGGAGCGUAGAGGACCUCACGAUAGAGCUACAGACUGCUGCACAGACCAAGGAGGACCAGGCCAAGCAACUCAAACAGGCUCAGGAGAAAGUGUUAGAUCUUGAGAGCGACCUGGAGGAGAUGCAGGACAGUGAACAGAGAUGGGCCAGCAAACACAAGAGAGCCAUCGAACAGACGGAACAGCUCCAGCUGAAGUUGAUCCAGCAGAAAGAUGUGAAUGAGCAGCUGGACAGUGAGAAGAUCAUCCUGGAGAGACAGCUGCGUGACCUGCGUGUGGAGGUGGCGGAUCUCCAACACACCAGAGUCCACGAGGAUGUGAUCACUAAGACAGAGAGCCGGGCCAAGGAGCUGGAGAACGCUCUGAGGGUGGAGGAGAGGAAUAAGGUGGUGAUGAACAACUCCAUCGGUAAACUGGAGAGGAAGAUCAACGAACUGUCUGGCCAGCUGGAGGAGGAUCGGAAGAUGGCCACGGAGCAGAAGGACCAGAUGUCCCAGAGGAUGCGUUCCCUGAAGCGUCAGCUGAACGAGGCAGAGGAGGCGGCUAGUCGUAGAGAGGCUCAGUACCGCCACAUCCAGAGAGAACUGACAGAGGAGAGAGAGACCUCCGCCAGACUACAGAGCCAGCUCCUGGACCAGCAACUCCAACUCAAGCGUAAGGAGUCCACCAUGACGAUGAGACAGACUCUCGAGGACCUGCGUCUGGAUCUUAGUGUGGACGUGGAUGAGGAGGACCAGACCACCCCGCCACCCACAGCCUCCAAGGCCUGAGACAACCCUUCCUGGGACAGUAUUACAGCAUAGCACCAACCAUACUAGCCAGACCACCCCGUCACCCACAGCCUCCAAGGCCUGAGACAACCCUUCCUGGGACAGUAUUACAGCAUAGCACCAACCAUACUAGCCAGACUCAUAACACCUUUGGCCUAGAUUCAAUCCGGACUGCGGAUGAUCUGCAGUAUAGCGCGGUUGACAUUUUUAAGGUCAUUUUCCCAUUGAGCCGACAUUUGCGGCGUUUAGCGUGAAUGUGGUCUCCGCGAAUGCGGGAACGUUGCCUUUAAAAAACGUGCAUAGCGGACAAAAUGGGAUCGGAUUGAAUCUAGCCCAUUAUUGAUAAAGGCAACAGUCGUACCACCAAUACAGGACCUACAGGGAACAUACAUCAGCAUAUUAUAUACUGUCAACAAAUCAAAUCAGUACCCGCAUGUUUGAUUUUCGGGUUCAAACAUACUGUAGCAUCUGAUUAAAAAAAACAAUAUCAUGAAACUAAUUAUCUGCAGUAAUGAAAUGUAAACCAGGGUUCUUGAGUUCCAUAAGGCUGCGUUUCCCAAACUCGGUCCUCGGGACCCCAAGGGGUGCACAUUUAGGUUUUUGCCCCUUUCACUACACACCUGAUUUAAAUGAUCAAAGCUUG